CUGUACGCAUGCGCACAAUCAUUGUUGACGACAUUACUGCUAACGUUAGCCAAAUAUCUCAACUCCAACCUCAACUGUCAGCUCGGUAGUCAGUGACACAGUUUGCUGUUGACUGGCAAAGUUGAAGCGGACUUUAUUUUUUUCCACCAUGCUACAAUUCCUGGCUGGCUUCACCUUGGGGAAUGUUGUGGGGAUGUACCUCGCCCAAAACUAUGAUGUUCCCAACAUAUCCAAGAAAAUAGAGGCCUUCAAGAAAGAUGUGGAGGCCAAGAAGAAGCCUCCAGAGUGAGAAAAGGCUCUGUGAUGCCAGCAGGAACCGAGGAACAUACUAAACAAACUGAGAGAUGAUGAUGUGCACUGCAGAAAAAAAAAUAUUUAUUUUUGUAGGUUUCAUUUCAUCUUAAAGUUUAAUGAGUGUACAUGAACAACAAGGAGAAAUCAUGUAAAAUAUUUAUGAUGAUAUUAACAGUGCCUGAGAUAGUAUUUUUUUUCUUACUUUUAGGCUUGUGUUCUCAAUGUAGCCUAUUUUUAAGAUAAAUUGUGCCAUAACUGGAUUUAAAGAAUAUUACAAUUAACUUGUGGGAUCACUUUUAGUCCAGCAUCAUGGCACUGCUGACCGGACUUUUAUACGAUGCACUGUGGUGUUUUUUGCUUAAAACAUAACAUUCAUAAUCUCUACUUUGGCUGUACAGUAUGUACUCUCUAAACUGAACAUACAGCAUGCUAUUUUGUUCCAGCAGGUUUGGAGAUUUUCUCUCACACUCUCAAACUAUUACUAAUAAUUCCAUAUGUUUUUGUGAUAUUGGCUCAAAUACACCUCUGAACCAGUCAGUUUCCAAUAAAGUUGUUAAAUAUGAA